AGCCGGCCAAGCCAGGCCAGGCCCAGCCAUAGCCACACAGCUCCCUCCUCCAGCUUGCUUACCGCACACCCCCGACCCUCAUCGCCAUCGCCCUUCCCCAUUCCCGCGAGAGAGGUUUUGCUUCGCUCAUCGCAGUGUCGUUACUCUCGGUGUUGUUGCCAGGCAGGAACACGUCGCUCAAGUGCAGCAGACUGCCGGGGUUUCGCUGUUAGGACUGAGGUCGUUGUUGUUGCGGCGACGGGUCUCGGAUCGUAGUGCGUCCCUACCCAAACGGUGCACCAUGACCGGAGCUUGUGAGGGGAACGUGAGCGACGGGUGCGUGUGUGGAAAUGGGUUUGGAUGAGGCAUGAGGGAGGCGCUAACAGGAGCUCGGUUGCAGAUUUGUAUUGGAUCCUUGCUGUUCGGGGAUAUAUGGGCUCCAGCUGUUGUGGCGUGCGCAUCGCGAGCUGGUUGCGGGUCGCGUUUCUUGGUGGCCAAGCGGAGUGUGAUGGACGUAAAACGAGGGCUAGGUAAUUUGAGAGGAUUAUCGAGUGGGGUCAAAAUGGGAUUCCAAGAUUCGAAGUCAAUUCUGUCAGAGCUGAAGCGUUUUUCUCUGAGAGAGGCCGAGGCGUUAUUAGUAUGAUUAUUCAAAUUGUGUAGGGGGUGACAUCGCCCACUCUUUUUGGGAGGGGCGUGUUAAGAUCCGGGAUCACCCUAGGUCCCCAGAGAUGGAUUCAUGCAAUUGUGUGGAGCCGCAAUGGCCUUCAGACGAUCUUCUGAUGCGGUAUCAAUACGUGUCGGAUUUUUUCAUCGCGUUGGCUUACUUUUCGAUUCCGCUGGAGCUAAUAUAUUUUGUGAAGAAAUCGUCCAUAUUUCCAUACCGAUGGGUGCUUGUACAGUUCGGGGCUUUCAUCGUCCUCUGUGGGGCUACACAUCUCAUCAACUUGUGGACUUUCAGUCCUCACACACGUACAGUGGCUGUAGUGCUGACUUUAGCUAAGAUUCUUACUGCUGUUGUAUCUUGUGCCACUGCCCUCAUGCUCAUCCAUAUCAUUCCAGACCUACUUAGUGCCAAAACUCGGGAGCUUUUUCUGAAGAAUAAGGCAGCCGAGUUAGACAGGGAAAUGGGGCUGAUAAGGACUCAAGAAGAGACUGGGCGGCAUGUUCGCAUGCUUACACAUGAGAUUCGGAGUACGCUUGACCGGCAGACCAUUUUGAAGACCACCCUGGCUGAGUUGGGAAAGGCCCUUGACCUCGAGGAAUGUACUUUGUGGAUGCCAACCAGGCUUGGUCAGGAAUUAACGCUCACUCAUUCACUACGACAAGUUGAACAGCAGAUCACAGUUCCUAUUCAUCACACUGUAGUGAAGCAAGUCUUUAGUAGUCAUCGAGCCGUUAUGAUUGCACCUAACAGUCCUGUGUGUCUAAUUAGAUCCCGCCAAGGUAAGUACAACAUGGGAGAUUGUGUAGCCGUGCGGGUUCCACUUCUUCCUUUCAACAACUUUCAUUCUGAUUGGCCUGAAAGUCACUCUAAGCGGGCGCAUGCAUUGAUGGUUCUUAUGCUGCCCUCCGACAGUGCACGAAGGUGGCAUGUUCAUCAACUACAGCUCGUGGAGACUGUGGCAGAACAGGUAGCCGUUGCUUUAUCACAGGCAGCUGUGUUGGAAGAAUCUAGGAGAGCCCGUAACCUUCUCGUGGAACAGAACGUAGCCUUGGACAUGGCAAGGCGUGAAGCUGAGAUAGCAAUCUGUGCCCGUAACGAUUUUUUAGCUGAGAUGAACUAUGAAAUGCGUACGCCUUUGCAUGCGGUUAUUGCUUUGUCUUCACUUCUCCAGGAGACACUUUUGACGCCCGAACAGCGUUCAAUGGUGGACACUAUCCUCAAAAGCAGCAACUUGCUAGCGACCUUAAUCAACGAUGUUCUUGGUUUAUCUCGACUGGAAGAUGGGAGAUUGGAGCUAGAUGCUCGAAUUUUUAGCCUACCAAACGUCUUCAGAGAGGUUGUGAAACUAGUUGCUCCGAUCAUUUCAGUGAAGAAACUCAAGUCUGACCUGUCUGUGUCCAAGGAUCUACCCGAGUUUGUGGUGGGAGAUGAAAAGCGGCUCAUGCAAAUUCUUCUCAAUGUGGUUGGGAAUGCUGUGAAGUUUACGAAAGAUGGCAGCGUGGCUAUCCGUGUUUCGCUAGAGAGGGACAGAACAGAUUACCAGAGAGAGCCUCGUUCUCUUAGGGAACCUCCUUCUCAAGGAGAGUACAUUCCGCAGAGAGAAUCUCAUUCACAAAGAGAUCUCAACCUGUCUUCAGGAGAGCAAUGUUGCUACAUUAGAGUUGAGGUGGUCGACACGGGUGUAGGUCUGAACCCUCAGGACAUUGCCAACCUUUUCAACAAAUUCAUCCAGGCUGACUCUUCCUCUGCUAGAAACCACGAAGAAACAGGCCUGGGCUUGGCCAUUUGUAAAAGGUUCGUGUACUUGAUGGGUGGAGACAUUUGGGUUGAUAGUGAAGGCUUGGGAAAAGGCACUACUGUUAAUUUCAGUGUCAAACUUGGUCUUCCUGAGAAACCAAGUGAACAAGAUAAGCAGAUCGCUCCUUCCCCAGCAUCAGUUCAUUUACGAACUGAUUUCAGCGGUGUGAAGGUCCUCGUGACAGAUGAUAAUGGAGUAAAUCGCAUGGUUACUAGGGGGCUGCUCAUGAGGCUUGGUUGUGAAGUUACUGUCGUUAGCUCUGGCAGUGAAUGCUUGGAAGUAAUUUCUCAACCGGGACAAAACUUCCAAGUACUACUGCUAGAUGUCUGCAUGCCUGAAAUGGAUGGCUACGAAGUGGCUAUUCGCAUACAACAAAAAUUUGCACGACAUGAGCGCCCAUCAAUGGUGGCUCUGACUGCAAAUACUGACAAGCAAACGAGGGAGAAAUGCCUGGACUUGGGGAUGGAUGGCGUUAUCGUGAAACCUAUUUCAUUGGAGAAGAUGCGGAUGAAUUUGACAGAGCUUUUGGAACGAGGCUCUUUGACACCAGAAACCCGGCGGAAAACAUGAGGGUCAAGGCACCUCUAAGACGUGUUAGUAUUUUAUUGUCGAGCAGUUCUGUUUGUGGGGCACCUUAUUGCAACCUUGGACAUUCUAUGCUUCUUCCUGCUGAAGGAUUGCAGCAAGACAUGAAUCCCUUCAAAAACUGCUAGUAAUCUGACGGUAGAUUUAAUGUGGGUUGUUGAUCAAAUGUGCAGAUUUUAUUAAGAGAUGGUAGGUUCGUGCAGAUUUCAUUAAGGGAGUGUGACCUGUAGAAGGUUUACUCUCUGUAAGAGGUGUAGAGGUUCUUCUCGUUAAAGAAGUGUUCCAUAAAUCUGUUAGCAUGAGCAUUUUAGGAUUAUCCGUCUGAGAAUUCUCAUCUGUAUGUUUAGAUGUGAAUUCUUGUAAAAUCUGAUGGUAUUCUGUCAGGUCCUUCAAGUGAUGCCUUGUUAGGUCUUUGUUAGUAAGUGCUAGGCUUUGGUGGAAGGAGCCUUUAGCACUUGACCAUGAUCUUUGUUAGAUUGUCUCCAAUUGUGGGAGAUAGUGUAUCAUAAGCACUCUUCAUGGGAGUUGGUAAACGGCAAGCGGAAUCGUCAACUUUGGUCCUUGCUUGAAA